AUGACCUCAAUCACAGAGGUUGCAAAAGUCGAUCUUGCGUCCAUACCUAUUGUAGGUCCUGGCGAAUUGCGACCAACUGAGUACUUUUGGCGCGAUCUCCAGCCAUGGCUCGCAGAACAUGGCUAUAUGCUCCGCCCUCGUUACAGACCUGGCUGGAUUCCGUCUUGGGAGGCUACUGGUCUUUACUAUCGGAAAUGUGAAGACGGAAUUACAAUCACGUAUCCUCAGGUCCUAGAUGCCACACGAAUCUCGGAUGGUGAGAUCGUUGCCUUAAAAAAAGUGUCGAUAUCUCUUCAUCCUUAUGAGGUCGAAAUUGGUCACAUUUUUUCGUCCGAACCUUCGUCCCUGGAUCAUAGGAACCACUGUGUUCCGAUUUAUGAAGUACUGCAGGUCCCAGACCAAGAUGAUAUCGUACUUCUGGUGAUGCCUCUGCUGCGGGAUUAUAAGGAGCCCAGGUUCCAAACCGUUGGAGAGGCAGUGGAAUACUUUCGGCAAGUGUUCGAAGGUCUGCAGUACAUGCAUGAACAUCAUGUCGCUCACAGAGACUGCAUGGAUCUGAAUAUCAUGAUGGAUCCAAAGCCUCUCUAUCCGAGGUUGUAUCAUCCACAAUCCGAUUUACAGUCGCUCAAAAUGGGGAAAUUGGCGAAGCAUUAUACGCGCACAGCCCGACCAACGAGAUACUACUUCAUCGACUUCGGCCUCUCUCGAAAGUAUAACCCUGAUGACGGUCCUCCUCGAGAGGACCCUAUCUGGGGAGGCGAUAAAACGGUUCCUGAGUUCCAGACAUCGGAUGAUCCAUGCGAUCCGUUCCCAACUGAUAUCUACUACCUGGGCAACAUGAUACGGGAAGAUUUCCUCCAACCUUUAUUUGGUGUCGAAUUUAUGAAGCCACUUGUCGAUGACAUGGUGCAGGAUGAUCCGGCCAGACGGCCUACCAUCAAUGAAGUCGUCACGCGGUUUGAAGAAAUCCGUAGGAAACUUGGAUACUGGAAGCUUCGUUCGAGGCUUGCCGAGAAGGACGAAGACAGUGUCAUACGCACAUACCGACGUGUCCGGCACUUCUUCCGCACAAUUGGUUACAUUGUAACCUGGCGCUCCCCCAUGCCCACUCCUUGA